GUUAUCCUUAUGAGCGGUGUCAAAUAAUCCUUGUUAAAACAACAUAUUACCUAGGAAAUUAAUACUCCUGUACAUAGAUGAUAUUGUAUUCUUCGGCGUGCAUUUUACAUUCAAAUCUCUUCAAUAAGCCGCAGUGAAAGUCUCGUAUCUCUAAAUUCUUAAUAAACUUCAAAUCAUUAAAAUUGCGAGAAAAUGGCACCACACAAAUACCCUCUGGUGAAACUACCACACCCUUUCUUAACCACAUAUCGUGUAAACACUGUUGCCGAAACAACACCAGCCAGACAUACCUUGACAUUGGAUAGUCAACAGCCCCCGGCUGGAAAACCUCUACCUCAACCACUACACUCCGAUUCUCUCUCAUGGCUUGAUUUGGUAUCCAGACCUGAAGCUGAGUGCCCGCCUCCAUCUGAUAACACCGCCUGGGCAAGAGCAUGUCGAAGCCCACAAACCAUCUUUCAAUGGACGGGAACCAAUGCGCCUAUUUUGGGUCAAAUCUGGAAUUUGGUUCACGCAAUAUAUCUCGCUCAUCCCACUUUGGAGUAUUUUCGACUGACUCUCCUUGGAUCUGAGAAGGAGAUCAUUCGGAGCGAGUUAUUAUCUACUGGUUUAGGAAUUGACCAUCCAAAACCAUGGCAAUUUUCAAAGGCGGCAGCAACCGCAGCAGCGACGGAAGAAUUAUUAAUUCUUCGAGGUGCAUUCUGGCAAGGAGCAGCGUCACCAUUGGGUCCUCGUCCCAUCUGGGUAAUUGGAGAUGGCACCGAUGGUCCCAUUCGAGAGCCUCUAGCCCAAUAUCCUGUUAUGCCUGAAACCCACCAACUUACCAUGAAAUUUCCCGAAGAAGCUGUCUAUACUCGCCAUCCAAUACGUCGCCCUAAACCACAUCCAGGAUCCAUUUGCUACAGUCGUUAUAUCCCCGAAUUGGACGAGCAUUUCUCUCUUGAGGUGGUUGAUUGGCAAAAUGAUUCUCAUUUGAAACUCUUCAGCACAUGGCAAAAUGAUCCACGUGUUGCUAAGGGAUGGAAUGAAACGGGAACUUUAGACCAGCAUCGUGAGUAUCUACGCAAGUUGCAUUUUGAUCCUCACGUACUGUGUCUGUUUGGGCGUUUUAACGAGACCCGAUUCUCCUAUUUUGAGCUCUACUGGGCAAAAGUAAGUCGCCAUCUCUCCUUCUGUAAUCUUCCGUUAAUCUGACCUUUUCCCCGCAGGAGGAUCACUAUGGUGCUCACUACAAUGCCGGAGAUUACGAUCGUGGACGCCACUCACUCGUGGGGGACGCCUCAUUCCGUGGCCCACAGCGAGUAAACGCCUGGUACUCGAGUUGUAUCCAUUAUGUAUUCCUAGACGAUCCACGAACUGCAAAUGCAGUUGGAGAGCCGAAAGCCACAGGUGCCAUUAUUUUGUCUUAUGAGAAUGCUCAAGGUCUUACCAUUGGGAAGUAUGUUGAUUUGGGACAUAAACGAUCUGUCCAUUCAAUUUGUAGUCGCGAAAAAUGGUUUCAGCUAUGUCCUCUAUUUUGGGAUGGAAGGAACCAGCCGUUGGAAUCGGCGGAUCGAGCAGCUUGGAACGCGAAGUUGUGAGUGUGCUGUUUGAGAUGAUGGGGAUGAUUGUGUAUAUAUUUAAUUGUUUAGCAUGGGACAGAGCGAACUUCAUUGUUUAUUUACUCGCGAUGGCUAUGUAAGAUAUAUUUUGAUAAUGAAAAUAGCCUUUAAUAGAAUGA